CAAAAUCGGAAGUCUGGAGCUCCAACUUUAGUGUCUUGAGAAGCGCGAUGGAGUGCAGAGCUGUUCCCAUUCUUCCCACCUACUCACAAGCCUGCGGUACUUCCCUGCCCCGAAAGCCGUCCCUCUGCCGCACACUCUUCGAUUACGGACCUCUGAACGACCCUGUCAUCAUACUCAUAACCCUAGCCGUCGUGGUCGGAUCCUUCUGUCUUCUCAGCGGGUUUAUUCUGCUCUGUGUCGUCUCGAAAGCCUGGCAGGAUGAGACCUCCGAGGCCAUAUUGCUAAUGGCAAUUGGCUUCUUCAUAACCGCUCUGUCCUGCGUGUCCUGGAAACUAACGCGGGCCCAAAGGAUCACUCAGCUGGUGGAUGCCCUUUGCGUGGAGACCCAGACAGUCUGACCUCAAAGUGUAUAAAUUAUAAGUCUAUAGUGUCUAUAGUGAAACUUUUAAAAACUCAGGUGCUGCUAUUAAUUCCAAAAUACCCGAGAGAUCUUAAAUGUACAAUAAUAAAGAACUGCCUAUUUAAA